AUGUGUAAAGUCUUCCCAUCCAGCUUGGGAGAAAUCGGACUCCGAUGGUUCGAUCGACUCCCCGCUGGAUUGAUCCGUGGUUGGAAGCAACUCUCCGAAGAGUUCCUAGCCAGGUUUGUCUCCAACACUAAGAUUCCGAAAAAGCCGGAUACACUGUUUGGCCUUCGAAAGGAGCAGGAAGAAACACUGCGCAGUUAUGCUAAGAGGUACUGGGAAGAAUACAAUGAUCUGGAGGAAAAUGUGUGUAGUGAACAGAUGGCCGUCUUGUCUUUCAAGCAUUGCCUGCGCUCGGAAAGUAAGUUGAGACAAACAUUUACCAAGCGCCCGGCCACAACAUUAAAAGACUUGCGUGCCAGGAUUAAGCAAUACGCUCGCCUUAAAGACGAUCAGAUCCCCAUUGAGGUAGCAUCAGCAGAACAAACAGCUUGGCACAAGAAGAGAACAGAUCGAGAAGAACAUAGAGGGAUCGCAGUGAAUGAAGUGGAUAAGUCCAAAUCCCACGAAGCCGUCGUGACUGUGUUCAAAGAGCCAAUUUAUCGAAUCCUGGAAAAGAUCAAGAGAGAGCCCUUCUUUGUUUGGCCGCCGAAAAUGUUGGGAGAUCCGGCUCGGCGCAAUCAAAUGCUCAGAUGCAGUUACCAUCAAAACAGGGGGCACAUGACUCAGAACUGUAGAGCACUGAAACAACACUUGGAAGACUUAGUAGCGGCUGGGCACUUUUGGGAUUACAUUGAUCAGGACAAGGAAGUGACCGAACCGGGGAACCCACCACCAGAACCAAAUAUUGAGCAUCCACCUCGGCUGAUAAUAAAUGUGAUAUAUGGGACAGCGACUCAGGAACCUGAGGAGACACUGAGAGAAGAGAUUGCUAAGGCUGUGCAAAUCCAACAAGUCAUGUCAGUGGAGCCCGUAUCGAAAAAGGUACAGACGGUAGAAGUGGCCGAACAGCCAGUCUUAGAAGGUGUGGGGGGAGCCCCAGAGGAGAAGAUAGUAGAGGAUUUGGAGAGAGUCCUUGUAAAAGAGGAUGACCCAGAAAAGUACUUCCUUAUCGGGUUGGACCCAGAAUUUGCUUGCCACAAGCUCAACAUCAACCCUUCAGCUCGGCCCAUUGUGCAGAAAAGUCGGAGAUUCUCAGUUGAGCACACCGAAGGAGUAAUUGUCGAAGUCGAAAAACUCCUGGCUUCAGGAGCAAUCAGAGAAGUUCAGUACCCGCAAUGGUUGUCUAACAUAGUUGUAGUCAAGAAGAAGAACGGAAAAUAG